GUGAAGUAGUAUGUAGGCUUGUUUAAGAUGUUCAUUGAAGUGACGUACUGUGGAAAGUCUUGUUUUCUUGUGUAACAAAUGACAUUUAUACAACGGCUGUUAUUAAAAAAAGGCCUUAGGUCCUAGUCACGGUUAAAUUGAACAAUGAUAAUAUUUUUAAAAAAUUAAGAAAAGCACUCUGCUGGCCUUAUCACAAAAUCGUUUUAGAAUGUAUAUUAUAUGACUAGUGAUUAAUGGAGUGCUGAAAUGUCUUUUUCGUUUCGUUUUUUUAUUUUUCUAUAAUGAAAGUACAUGUAGCGAAUUAUAUUGAUGCACAGUUUUAUGUGUACAAACGCACCUAACGUAGGGGGGGUUAAAUAUUUGAAUUGACCAUUUUCCUCUAGUCAACCGAGCACAGUUAUGAAUAGUGUGUCAGUGUUAUAUGAUUGUGUGUUUUCAGGUGGAGAAUGAAAGUAAACCAGUGACGGCACACUUGCUGUGGUCCAUUGUCACAGCACGUAAUGGAGCAAAGGUCAACGUUCUCCUCUGUGAGGGUGACACCAUGUAGCAUUUUAACCACGUUACCCACACGUUAUUCUAAUUGCUCGUUGGGGACGGAAGGAAGGUCGAAGCGCUGACGAGGAUCGCACAUCUCAACUUGGUCUUAUCAGGGACCGUGUCGGUUUCGCACUUGGUGCUUUCCUUUUCACCCUGCGUGACCCUCGAUCAGCUGACAGAAUGAUUUCAGACGGUUCAGCAGAGGAGCAGAAAGAGACGGACCAGAAGACGCUGGCCGGGCAAGCCGUUGAAGGAAAUGUGGAUGGGGAUUCCGAGAUGGCAGUCUGCACUUCAGAGGAGCCGCCUGCCCUUGAAGGUCUACCCGAGGAGCCCAGAAAGUGGAUGUGGGCUGUGAUAUUCUUGUGCUUCUAUGGGUUUAUGACUUCCAUCAAGCCUGGAGAACCCUUCAUUACACCAUAUCUACUCAGCACUGAGAAAAACUUCACCAGUCAGGAGGUGACCAAUGAGAUUACUCCAGUGCUGACAUACUCGUACAUGGCAGUGCUGGUACCUGCCUUCCUGUUAACGGAUCUUCUGCGCUACAAGCCGGUUCUGGUCAUCCAGAGCAUCAGCCAGGUGGUCAUCUGGGUUAUUCUGCUGCUCGGUAAUUCCCUCCUGGAGAUGCAGUUCAUGGAAUUCUUCUACGGUGUCACAAUGGCAUGCCGUGUGGCGUAUUCCUCCUAUAUUUUCUCCCUGGUCAGCCUGAGCCUCUAUCAGCGCGUUGCCAGCUACUCUCGUGCCUCGGUCCUCUUGGGCGUGUUCACCAGUUCUGUGCUCGGCCAGCUUUUCAUCUCAGUGGGAGGAAUCCGCUACAACACCCUCAGUGCUAUUUCUUUGGGUUUUGUGAGUUUUGGUCUGGCCCUGUCGCUGUGCCUGCCCUGGCCCAAACGCUCCUUGUUUUUCAACCAGACGCACCACCUGGAGCUCAGCGAAGUGCCGUCUCAAAUAGCCACCAAGGCAGAACUGGACAAGAUGAACCUGAAGGAUUCCCAGUUGACCACAGCUGUCUCCACGUGCUCUGCGUCCUGCUGGAAGGAUUCUAUCUUUGUGCAGAUGCUGGUGGAGCUGAGAACUGUGGCAAAAAGGCCCAACAUGCGACUGUGGUCCCUGUGGUGGGUGUUCAAUUCCACAGGAUACUAUCUGGUCCUUUUCUAUGUCCACAUCCUGUGGAGCAAAGUCUACCCGGCCAUUGAGAACAAGAAUGUUUACAAUGGCGCCGUGGAGGCUGCUUCUACUUUACUGAGUGCGUUAACCUCUUUCAUCGCAGGCUUUGUGAAAAUCCGUUGGAAUAUCUGGUCAGAGCUCGUAAUCGGCACGAUCACAGCCGUGCAGGCUGCCCUGCUACUGCUCAUGGGCACAACUGACAACAUCUGGAUCUGUUACGUGGCCUACGUUCUCUUCAGAAGUUCCUACCAGUUCCUUGUGCCCAUUGCCACUUUUCAGAUUGCGUCAUCUCUCACCAAGGAGUUGUGCGCCCUGGUGUUUGGGAUCAACACCUUUUUGGGGACCAUCCUGAAGAGCAUCAUGAACCUGAUAUUUGCCGACAAGAGGGGGCUGGCUUUGGACGUGCACAGUCAGUUUCUUGUGUACUUCGUUUACUUCACCCUGCUGACCGUGACCUACUUAAUCUGCGCUGCCGUCGUCAUCUUCCGUCACUUCAGAAACCGGCCCGAGAGGCGAGAGGUCAACCGGCAGCCCAAGUCGACAGAGCUCAGCAACAUGUUACCUGAGGCACAACCUUUGUCAAAUGACAAAAAUGCCAAGACAUAGCAAGCACCGCUUAUCAAUGUCGUCCAAAUGUUUUAAUGAGCCUUAAUCUUGUUCAAGUGCCUCAACUGCUGGCUGAUACAUGAGCCUGGUGCAACUAUUUUGUAUUGGAUGCACACUAUGACAAACUUUGGUAUUGUAGGACAGCUCAAGUCAGCCUCAUUCGGCGACACUCCACCUGUACGUCGAAUGUGAUCAUGGUGCUGUCAGUGUGAUUUGUUCAACCUAAAUUCUAAAUUGAAACCAUUUUAUUUUUCUGGCUUGAUCAAUAAUCAGACGUUCAUAUUGCAUUUGAUUAUCUCUUUAGUGUGUUUUCGGCAUUGGUGUCAGUUGCACAUUUUUUUUGAUCGUCAAAACUUUUUUUUUUUAGAUAAAAAAUGUUGGAAGAAAUUAUGUUCUUUUACAAACAUCUUUUUGUUUCCAGUCCACAUUCCUGAAGUUUGUCGGAUUUGUGGGUAUAGGAAUACUGCUGUGGCUCCCACAAGCACUUGUGCAGAACAAUGAUCAGAAUUCAUUGUUGACAAAUGCAACAGGAACAUUUUUUUCUGGUUUUUUUUUAUGUUUUUUUUUGGUGCCAGUGAUAAGUAUAGGAGAUGACAUUUGGAGUAGUAUACUCACUUGGAAUGUGCGAUUUAAAUUGUUACGAAAUAACUGAUAGUUGUCUGUGACCUCGUCUGAAUGCUGUAAAACAAAUCUAUUGUUUAUUUUUAUUAUUUUUGUGUAGGCACAAUUCAAGUGAAUAGGUAAUUACAUUUGUCAGUUGGAGUUUGUGAACUGACAUGUUUGCUUAGCUGGACAUUCAGAAUUGUUUUGUGUAAUGAAGGUUUUGGGUCUGCUUAUU